AUGAAUUAUGACAUGGAUCUGGAUGUGAAUCGUGCAUCGCGCGGGAACUCCUGUCAUGCGGUUUCCUUCAUUUGGAAGUGUGUUCUUGCUGAGGUGACGCCGGAUCUCUCCCUUCCCAUUCCGAUAGAUUGUGAGGUGAACGGACGGGUGUACGGGAAUGGGGCAAAGAUCGAGAACCCGGACAAACCUUGUGAGGUCUGCUCAUGCCAAGGUGGAGAUGUUAAGUGCAACCUUAUCGAGUGCUUCUGGAGAAAUGACUGCACUCCCAAAUACCAGUCUGGUCGCUGCUGCCCCACCUACACCCACUGCCCGCCUCUCAAUUCACAGACGAUGGCGACGUUUGCUCCAGGCAAGUCGUCCCCACUCCCGCGUCCACCUUUGAUUGGAGCUAAUCAGGGACCUAUUGGAAUCUCUACGAUGGAAACUAACCAAAAGGAAGAUAAAACCACCAUCAGUCCCGAGACAACGACUGAAGUGAAAUCAACCGCCGUGAAACGAGAGCAAUCCACAACGACUGAAGCAUACACUGAAGUAACCUCAAUCAAAUCCAAAGACGGAAUUACGUCAGUGGUCAUGAAGUACCCCACAGUAACAAAGGUAGAACAGGACGGUAAUGAUACCAUCAUCGAGCAAAUCGACCAGAUGGUCACAGUUGAGGUAAUGCCUAACAAGACUGAUGAUAUUGUCGCACCUGAGUUAGAGCUUGUGGCAGUAGGAACAGUUGAAGACGUAAAUGAAGAUGAUGAUGAGAAAGACAAGAAUAUUUCGACUGAAAAGACAAAAUCGUCAUCUUCGCCUUCCCUUACCCCCGCUCUGACACAUCCUGAAGAUAAUGCUCCGGCACAGCCCCACAUGGUGGAACAAAGCGAUGAUGAUGAGUCCGGGGAAAGAGUGGUAACCAGAUGGGAGAUUGUGACCGAAAUCAUUGACACGCGUCACGAGAGCAUUGUCAACUUUUUCAACAACUUGUUCGCAGGUGACGAUCCGUUCCCAGAUUUACCAUAUACCGAUAAACAGUCGGAUUCUGAGGUAGAAGAGGCGACUUCAUUACCAGAUAGCCCAGAUUCACUCACCAUCAUAGUGGAGGAAACGUCCGGAGAGGGGCGAUCUGAACCAGAGACCAAUCAUAAAGGACCAGGAAUGAUUCUCGAAGAGUAUCAGCCACCGGUCACAAUCAUACAUCAGGAAAAUGGACUAGGGCCAAGGACAAACAGCACCACGACCGAGGUCCCCAGUAACAUGAAAACUGUCUCAGGUGUUGAUGAUAAUCUAACAAAAGUAGAGAUGAAGGGUCAAACACUUGCAGGACCAACGAAGAUGUCGGCGAUACAUCGGAACAUUUCCAAGAACAAAAUCAACGUCAACCAACAACGGGAGGAGAUGAAAAAGUACAAAUACACACAAGAGAUACGGCCGAACAUGAAGAUGAAGGGGAAUAAUCCAAGUGAUGACGCACAUCUAACAGCUCCUGGUGAACCUGACGACCCUGCUGGAGAUAUUGGACUCCCUAGCUUUGGUUCAAGCGCUGGUGUUCUUUCAACAAUUCCCGAUUCUGGGGUAGCUUCUGAAAUUGCUUAUUUUACCCCUGAUAACCCACCUUUUGAUGCAUCUGGGAUUCUUCCAUUGCAACCCGAGCUUCUUCCAUCUCCUCCUGCCGGUAUCCCUUUAAGAGGACCUAAUCCGGACCUUUUCCAACACGCCUUGGAGACAAAAACCAUCACAACCUCUAUGGGUGAUUCAUCUAACGCCAAGGAUUUGUCUGAAAUUUCCACCGAGCCUCCCUCGACGACGCCUGGCAGUAGAAAUAAUUUCGCAAGUCAUGGAGCUGUGGAUCCUCGGUUGCAACCACAGGUAAUGCUAUAUCCUGUGUCUCACAUGGAAGAUCUCGUGGUAAUGAACGGAGAGAAUACGACAACGGCAACGGAUUUGAAAUCUGGAAAUAUCCAUGGAGUUAGUUUCGGUCACGAGCCAGAAUCCCCCCGACCAUCACCUCCAGUCCGCCAGCCAUUCCUAGGAUUUAUUCCAUCUGUCGCAAAUCCGAUUGCAUCUCAGAACUUAAAUAAUCCUCCUGGGCCCCAAGCAUUCGUUCCUCUGAAUCAGCCUAAUUUGCAUGCGGGUGAACCUGGUGUGAGAUUCCACCCCGCCGCAAGUCCUUCAGAUUUAUCGUCCGGCUACUACCCUCUUCAAAACUCAAGACCAACAACACAGUUCCAGUCCUCACCACAGUCGAAUCCUGGCAUUCCUCUUGAAACGACUACGGCUACAACGACGAGACAGAUUGUCGAUGAGCCUUCAAACCAGAAAGAGCACGGACCACAAUCCGGCAAUCAAUGGUUACCUUUCUUAUUAGUUCCGUCCGUUCGGGAGACCACCACCGCAAAGGUGCAUCACGAAAAUGAGACGGCAACUCUGCCUGCACACAAUGUCAAAGAUGAAUUGACAGUUGGAACCAUUCUCAAUGUCACUCAAGAUGGGUUUAACAGGGUCAUGUACCGAAACGAGAUGGAGAAUCAGACCAAGACCCACGAAGAUCCCGACACCGUCUUUGGACAUGUUGUGUCUCUCGUGAGGCACAUUCUUCAGUAA